CGGUCCCACCGGUCUCACUGACCUGAUCAUGUAAAUAUUGAAAUGCGUUUCUUAAAGAGCUUUAGUGUAUUUGCCCACCAAGUGCGAAACUCUUCCACCCAAUCAGGCCGUCGAAGAGUUGUGGUCACAGGAAGGGGUGCCGUCACGCCGCUGGCCAACAAUGGAUCCGAUUCCUGGAGGCGCAUUCUGGCCGGCGAUUCGGCCAUCUCUCGACUGGGACCGGAGUUUAAAGGAUUACCAUGCCAGGUAGCAGCUCAAAUUCCAAGAGAUAACUUGCACCUGGGCCAGUACUUGACCAAAUCGGACAUCAAGCUGAUGAGCCCCGCCACGCAGUUCGCUGUUCUAGCUGCUGAGGAGGCUCUGGCCACCGGGAAACUAAACACCAAGGACCUAAGCGGGGAACAGCUGGAACGAUUUGGUGUUUGCGUGGGCAUGGGCAUGUUUGACCUGGCGGAGGUCUAUGGAGCCUGGAACCAACUGCAGCGAGGUUACAACAGAGUCAGCCCCUUCUUUGUUCCAAGACUCCUGCCCAGCAUGGCGUGUGGCCACAUAAGCAUGAGGCAUGGUCUAAGAGGACCCAACCACUCGGUGUCCACAGCCUGUGCAACGGGAGCCCAUGCACUGGGCGACGCCAUGCGGUUCAUUCGCAAUGGAGAUGCGGAUGUAAUGCUGGCGGGAAGUGGCGAGGCCUGUAUAGAUCCACUUUCCAUCGCAGGAUUUUGCAGGUUACGAGCUCUGAGUACCGCCUUCAACGAUAAUCCAGCUGUGGCCUCCAGACCCUUUGACAAAUUCCGAGAUGGCUUUGUUAUGGGCGAAGGAGCAGCUGUGCUUUUGCUGGAGGAAUUGGAGCAUGCUCGUGGCCGAGGAGCUCCCAUUUUGGCAGAGAUCUUAGGCUACGGGUUGUCCGGAGAUGCGUAUCACAUAACCUCGCCCAGCGAGGACGGCGCCGGAGCUACUCUGGCCAUGAAGCGAGCCAUACGAGACGCUGAGAUUGCUCCGGCUGAAAUAACCUAUGUAAAUGCCCAUGCAACAUCUACGCCCACUGGCGAUCGCAUCGAGUCGCAUGCUAUAGGACGUGUCUUUGGCGAACACACUUCUCAAGUUAAGGUCUCCUCCACCAAGGGAGCACAUGGACACCUAUUGGGAUCCUCGGGUAAUUUGGAAGCCCUGUUUGUGGUGCUUGCCUGUGCAGAGAACAAGCUUCCGCCAUCCAUCAAUAUCGAGCAACUUGAUGUAGACGUCAAUGUGGUAAGGGAAGCCACCAAAUGGUUACCAGAUCAAAAACGUCGAAUUGCCCUUAAGAAUUCCUUUGGUUUCGGGGGAACUAAUGCCUCCCUCUGCAUUGCCAGCUAUGCCGAAUAAUAGCUAAGAGUUGUUAAAUAUUUUUAUUAAAGACCUCGUAAAUAAAAUCCUCAAAUCUGCAUAUUUUUAGGAAAAA